AAAGGAAGAAAAACACUUCCGGCUUGUUCGCAACUGUCAGGACAAACAGACAACGACGUGGGCAGGAUUUCCCUUCGCUUUUUUGGGUGUUUGUUUCAAGCGAGAAGACAUUAGGAUUAUUCUAAGUAUUUAAGCAGCAUGCAGCUGUUUAGAGGAGCCAUUGCGCCGUGCUGCUAGCCAGUCGAUCUCUGAUAGUUCACAGCUGCGUUACACACACACACACACACACACACACACACACACACACACACACUGCUGUCUCCACUGUAAAGUUUAUGUUUACGGAUCGUUUGAAGUCGUCCACACGUCUUAUUCAGCGUAUCCACGACGCGUAAUGUAUUCAGGUGUUGCGCCUCUUGGCCUGGACGCUUAUAUGAUCUCAGUAGCGCACGUCCACAUCAUCAUCUGUCAUGAACGCACUGUUGUAAAGUAAUCGGCUUGCUGAAUGUUUAACGCACCACUGCUAAUGCGUGGGAAGGCUUAGGCUAAACUUUUAUUUUUUUUCCUCCGUAUACCUUGCUUUAUUUGUGCCGCGAUGCCGGUGUCACUGCAAACGGACGGCGCGUCGCCGGUAUCGCUCCAGCAGGGCGAACGCUCGCCAUCUCCUUUGCCCACGGACUGGGAGGACGACGAGCGCAUGGCCUUCCUGUUCUCGGCUUUCAAAGAGAACCGAGACGUCGACCCGACGGACUGGGACAGUAAGAUCAACUUCUGGACCCCGCUGAUCGUGGAAAGCUGCCGACGGCGUGGAUCUGUCUGUGUGCGCUUGCAGGAUUUAAACGACAGCUUCAGGCGGAAGGGGAGCGCUCCCCUAGGCCUGGUCACCGUCAUACAGAGUCUGCUCAGGAGUGGAAAAGUGCAAAAGGAAUCAGACUUUGCUGCCAGCGUGGGUUCUGGCUGGUUGUCAUGGAGCGUCGGACUCUUGCUGGUCAGACCUCUGAAGUGGACACUGUCUGCCCUUCUGGGCACUGGGAGAGUUCCCCUUGAGGAAUCCUUUGUGGUGAUCGAACUGGUCAAAGAGAAGGCUUCAGCAUUGCUGACAGCUUAUCAGAGUUCUCCUCUCGUGGGCCGAUCUCUGCUGUCAUUUCAGGAAAUGCGCUCUUUGGCUUCUCAUAUUUGCCCCGACGAAACCACGCUGUGUCUCGCUCUGCUGCAGCUGCAGAGAGAGAAAUACGUCACCGUUUCCCUCCACGAAGAGGAAAAGCUGGUGAAGUUCAGCCAGGCAGGGCAGGGCCGUGUGUCUCCGGUCACGGAGGUGGAUCUGGGCAUCUACCAGCUCCAACGCAGUGAGAAGCUCCUGGAGGAGAGAGUAGAAGCCUUGGGCCAAGAAGCAGAGAAAUGUAAAGAACAAGCAAAAGCUCUGCUACAGGAGGGGAAAAAGACACAGGCCCUGAGAUGUCUGAGGGGUAGAAAGCACGUGGAGAAGAAAGCAGACCGCUUGUAUGCUCAGCUGGAGACGGUCAAGGGAAUCCUGGACAGGAUAGCGAGUUCACACACCGACCGGCUGGUGAUGCAGGCAUACCAGGCGGGUGUAGCCGCCCUGAGGAUUUCGCUAAAGGGCGUGUCAGCGGCGCGAGCUGAGAACCUGGUCGAUCAGAUUCAGGAGCUGUGCGAUACCCAGGAUGAUGUCAACCGCACUCUUGCUGGGGGUGCUUUGGAUUCAGCCGACGGGGAAUCUGGCGAGUUGGAGGAGGAGCUGAAGUCUCUACUGGAGGAGGGCGCUCCAGACACAAGCCUAACACUACCCGAGGUCCCAGCGCAACCCCUCGCCACGAAAGAGUCGGCUGUCCUGGACGACGCGUUCUUCCGCUCUCUGCCUUCCGUGCCUGCCGCGAAAAUCACAGACGAAGACCUGGAAAAGGAGCUAUGCCGUCUCAAGCUUGCAACAUGAAGGACUGCUGUCAGUGAGGAAGAAGCCCAACAUGUGCUGUGUCCAGGCUCACCGCUGCCCACAGAGGAAGCAGUCCUAUAGCCUAAACGCAAUGGAAUUUUCUGUCAUCGUUUUUGUUUGUAAUGGCAUGUUUGAUUUUCAUUUUAAAGAAAGUUUUAACAAUUGCCUUUGAGUAAAAUGUAUUAUUCUAAUAAAAGCCAAAUUAUAAUGUUUAAAAGGGCACAUUUGAACCUGAA